AUGGCGUUGAUUAAUCAGCUAGUCAGCAGAGCUGCAUUAAGGCCCCUCAAUGUCAGGGCUAUCAGCAAAUCUCCUCUACGCCCAGAUCGCAUUUUAUGGACGGAUUUCCGGAUGCCGAGCACCGCAGCGCAGACAAGAAGACUUCCCCAAUUUACGGAGCAGAGAAGAACCGUUGUGUUCAAGAAGGAGCAGGGACAGCCCAAGCAUUUUAAUGCCAAGAGCAACGCAACAGCCUCCCCGUCGCUGCUAGCGGAAUCUGAGGAAUACGAGAAAAAUUGGGUGAGCGAGACGCGUUAUACUCAACCGCAUCCAAUCUGGAAUGAUGAAGAGGUGCAUGCUGUCCAAAAGACUCAUUUCAGACCGCGAGGAGUAUCUGAUCGGGCUGCCCUGUAUCUUCUCAGGUCAAUUCGCGGCGUGUUUGACGUGUGUACAGGUUAUGCAUUUGGCCCGUUAUCUGCUCAGGGUUGGAUUAAUCGGGUAGUGCUUCUUGAGACGAUUGCUGGCGUGCCUGGAUUGGUGGGCGCGGCAUUCCGGCAUUUGAGGAGUCUAAGACGUAUGGAAAGAGAUUACGGCUGGAUCCAUACGCUGUUAGAAGAAGCGGAAAAUGAGAGGAUGCACUUGAUGUCAGCGCUCAUGAUCAAAAAUCCUGGACGGGUGUUUAGAACAUUUGUAAUUGCUGGGCAGCUGUUCUUCCUUCCACUCUACACUGGCAUGUACUUGGUGUCUCCCAGACUGGCUCACCGAUUUGUUGGUUAUCUAGAGGAAGAGGCGGUCAAAACAUAUACACAUCUGCUGGAGGAGCUCGAGGCAGGUCAUCAGCCAGAGUUGGCAUCCAUGAAGGCUCCCCUGCUUGCCAGGCAAUAUUGGAGCUUGAAGAAUGACGCCUCUUUCACGGACAUGAUAUUCGCUAUACGAGCAGAUGAAUCGCACCACCGAGAUGUGAACCAUACUUUUGCUAAUAUGAAGCCGAAUGAGGAGAAUCCAUUCGAACCUGGGCACUAG